AUGCUGCUAGACGGGUGCGUUGAUCGUUACCGUCCACUGCCCGACUAUCUCAAUUAUUCGAACGUGACUCAAUCUGAGGUACGAGAAACAUUUUUGCGCUUGAAAGCUGAGAACUCUUUCUUGAGUGGUCGAGAAGCGAGAACGUCUGGUGUGACCGACAGGACGGCUUCGACUGUUUCAAGCGAUCGCUACCUGAACUUGAGGCAUUUUUUCGAUCGUUUGGACAGAUUAUCCGGUAGACGUGAAGCGUUUACGACAUCAUCAAGGCUUCAAUCUAUCGAUAUCAUCGAUUUGGCAAAUUCAAAUUCAACAAGAACUCGUACAAGCCCAGUUACGAUCCACCACUUAGCAACAGAAGGUGGCCACCAUUCGUCGGAAGCGCUUCUAUUUCCUGAUCAAAUGGAAUUUUCUAUGGACGACAUCUUCGAAUCAAUGCCAACAACAUCAUCCUCCGAAGGUGCUACAAGUGCUCAAGAAGGACUAAGUGAGACAACAAAAAAGGAUAAUGAUCGACGACGUCAACUCGUUUCAGAUACCGAUCAAGACUUGGAUCGACUGUUGAAUAUGUUCGAGUCACAGGUUGUUGAAAUGUGGAUUGUGGUAAGUAGCAUCAAUUUUUUGGAUAUGCUGAUCAGUGGUGGUGGAGCAGCGAUCAGAAGAACUUUAUAG